CAAAAAGUCAAAAGUCGUGCUAAUCGGCAACGGUGUCGGCAUAGUUUUUGGCUAAAUUAUGCUUGUUCAGCAUCUUUUACAACUAGAAAAAUGUUUAAAAUUGCAGUGAAGUUUAAAAGAAAGUAGGAUUAAGAUGGUGUAAAUAUUAUUUUCGCGAUUUGAUUGUUUCUGUGACCAGUGGUUGAAAAUUCGAUUUUCGAAUCUCGACGUGUGUUGUAAAACCGGGCACAGGAGAGUGCCCUUAACCCAAAGUGUAUAACCCACAAAAAUACCACCCACGAUGACUAGCCAACCCUUCAGAAGGAAGCCUUUCAAAAUCCUCAGCACUUUUCUAAACACAUAGACCACAGACCAAAGUCAAAACAAUCAGUGAUAGCCUAAGUUCCUUUAUUUAUUAAAAAAUCAGCAAACGAGUGAUAUUAGUGUAAUUUUAGUGUAAUUUAGUGUAAGCUUAGUGCCAUAAGUGAACGAUGAUUGUGAUAAGUGUUUUGUUGCUCGCGUUGGGCGUUGUGGCGGAUAGGUCAAAAUUGCCGGCUCCGUGUGAAAGCAUGAUCUACUGCCAUGGACCACUGCUACACACGGUGCAGAUGGCAGGCCUCUACAACGACUCCAAGACCUUUGUGGAUAAGAAGAUGAAGUCGCCGGCCGACGUCGUCAUGGGGAACUUCCAGAAAAUGAUGAACAGGACAGAUUACAGGCCAACGAAGGCGGAGAUCAGGAGGUUUGUGGAUGACAACUUCGAUGUCGAAGGCUCCGAGUUUGAGGACUGGCAACCUUUGGAUUGGAAACAUAACCCUGCCUUCCUGCAAAGGAUAAAGGACCCGUUGCUACUGGAAUGGGCUAAGAGUCUGAACGAGCUAUGGCUGAACCUAGGCAGGAAGAUGAAGAGUGAGGUCAAGGAAAACCAGGAUCUGUACUCCAUCAUAUACGUCGACCAUCCUGUUAUUGUGCCUGGCGGGCGUUUCCGGGAGUUCUACUACUGGGACUCUUACUGGAUCAUCAAAGGACUGCUGCUGUCGGAGAUGCAUUCAACUGCCACUGGCAUGGUCACCAACUUCCUCAAUAUCGUCGACAAGUACGGCUUCAUCCCCAAUGGCGGCAGGAUUUACUACUUGAUGAGGUCACAACCACCCCUCCUCAUACCAAUGGUGAAAUUGUUGAUGGAUGACAUCGGAGACAAGGACUUCCUCGAGCAGCACAUCGGUACUAUGGAUAAGGAGUUCGAUUUCUGGAUCAAAAACCACACGGUUGAAGUCGAAUAUAAUGGAAGAACAUAUCAAAUGACGCGGUACUGGGAGCAGUCGCAAGGCCCAAGACCAGAGAGUUACAAAGAAGACAUAGACGUUGCUAGACAUUUUGACACGGUAGACAAAAAAGAGGAACUGUACGCUGAACUGAAAUCCGCUGCUGAAUCUGGUUGGGACUUCUCUUCUAGAUGGUUUAUACUCAAUGGUACUAAUAAAGGCAACCUCACAAACCUGAAGACGCGGUCAAUAGUACCAGUAGACCUAAACGCGUUCAUGUGCUGGAACGCUCAACUGAUGGCAGAGUUCCACGAGCUUCUGGAAAACUUCGAGAAAGCCAAGUAUUACAAGACUAUGCACGCAAAGUACAAGGAGGCUAUCGAACAUGUUCUAUGGCACGAAGAUGUAGGAGCGUGGUUGGAUUUCAACCUGGAGUCCGGUAGACGGAGAGACUACUUCUAUCCGACCAACAUCGCGCCACUGUGGACUGGCUGCUAUGACGUAGAUCGCAGCGAUUACUAUGUCAAUAGGGUCAUCAAUUAUUUGGAAAAAGUUAAGGUGGACGUCUUCGAAGGUGGUAUCCCAACUACAUUCGAGCACUCUGGCGAACAAUGGGAUUACCCCAACGCGUGGCCUCCUCUUCAGUAUAUGGUGGUGAUGGGGCUCGAUAACACACGCAAUGAGCAGGCCAUGCGUCUCGCCAGCGAAAUGGCCACAAAAUGGGUGCGCUCCAACUUUGAGGUCUGGAAACAGAAAAAGGCUAUGUUGGAAAAGUAUGAUGCCACAAUUUUCGGUGGUUUCGGUGGCGGAGGCGAGUACGUCGUGCAAAAAGGAUUUGGCUGGACCAAUGGAGUUGUUAUGGCCCUACUCAACUUAUAUGGAGACACGUUGUACGCAGCGGACGAGUUCGGCGACUCGCCCGGACAAUCAGGAGCGGUGUACGGCGCCCACGUGGGCGCGGGCGGGAUCGUCACGGCCUUUCUGGUGGUUAUCGCCUCUGUGGCCGCCGGUGCUUUGGGGCUCAUGGUGUACAGAAAGCGUCGAGACUACGCACCGCUUACCAGCAAUGAAGAUCUGAAAAUUCUUGCGCGAAAACCGUAUACGGAACUGAAAAGUUUAAACGGGGCGUCGAGCCAGAGACAACGGUGAAUCAAAACUACCGCCCACCCCUACUAUUGUUACUGAAGUCAUCAGUUAGUCGAGAGUGACUUUAUUGAGACAGGCUUAGAGUCUGCGCAAACGAGCCACUCGCCAGUUACACGGUGGUUGGCGACAAGCUACUAACUAAUGUAUUUAAUAUUAGACCAUUAUAAUAUAUUACAUCAGUUUUUAUUUCAAUACAACAUAAUGCAGUAUUACAGAAGUUAAGAAAUUUUUAUACUUUUUUGAAUUUGCGCGAUGUGGUUGUGACGUGUUUAGCACUGGGUUUUAGUGAGUUAAAGAGCGCUUUUCACCUGAAACCAACCAACCACCCUAGCUGUGGCAAGUGACCCGUUUGCGCUGAGCCUAACUAUUAAAGUUAUUUUAUUUUUACGCAAAUAAUGUUAUUUGUAUGCCAAAUAUUAUAGAUUAUAAUUUGGGUUAAUGAAAUAAAUAUAACACUAACUUAUUAUACUAGAAGAGCAAUAUUUUAUGUCUAUAGGGAGGUUAGAUAAUGCGACAUUAUGACUUUUUAAAAAUACACAUUAACUUUUAUGUAUUAGUAGUUACACAGAUUAUAUCCUCUGGAAGUUAACCAGAUAUUUAAUAUCUUAAUGCAUAAAAUUGUAUUCAGAGCGAAACGCAUACUAGCUUUAUAAUUUUUCCAUAAUGUAGAGAAUUAAUGUAGAGAAUCAAUUGGUCUUAUUUUCU